CGCAGCACGUAGGUAACCGGGCAUCCUCGAACAAUUUCUCCUAUCCCGCUCAGGCUGCGCUCCCCGACGACAGCGUGAUCAUCAAUUGUUCUUUCGACAGACCACGAGGUCGUCAUUGACAGCAUUGGACUUUGACGCGGUGUAUCCAACCUCAUCUCCGCUCAUCAUACCGGCCACCACCGCACAGACUCUCACGCGCACAUCGUCGCGUCUGACACUCCGCAGCUGUACCUGCAUAAUAAGUGACUGCACCUUGGCGACGCAUUGCAAUUACUGGUAGACGGCCGCUCCGACCAUCCUCAACCACCCGAUUUUCUUUUCAGUUCGAGUUCGACUGAAAGGCAUUGUUCUUGCUCCGAGUCUGCGUCGUUUGCUGCGUACCGAAGGAAGAUGGUGGACUUGAACUAAGGCGCCUGCGGCCCCGUGAACAAGCCUCGCGAAGCCAGUAACAGCGUGUCUCAUCUUGCUGCGGUUAACGAUCCACGGCAUCGCAUGAACUUGAACACCGUAUUCCAACCGCCUUCCUCCUCCGGCACUUCACGGUUCAUACUGUGAACUUGAUGAGCCAGGCGCGAUGGCGUUCCUGUUCAAAUCCAAAAGCAAACAUAACGCGCCGGCUCCUGCGAGCCUGCCUCCGGCGAGUCGAAAUGUCCAUACGUCCGAUGGCACACCAGCCUCAUCCACUCAGACGAGUUCAUUAGAGAAGAAUACAGAACGGUCGACGACGCAAUCGCCUGCUCCCAAUGCCAACGCCGCUGCCAAUGGCUCAAUGACUUCGAUGGGGUCUAGUAUGACCGGCGCGCCUACAUACCCACGGCGUGAAAGGGCCGAGUCGGAGUCAGGGGCUCGUCCUGCUAAUGCCGGGUCGCAAGUCUCCCAGGUUCCUAAUGCUGCUCUCUACCCCUGGUCGCAACGGCGGCUGAAUUUCCCUACUCCGCAAUCAAAUCCAUUUCCUCGCUAUGGCGCCGCCGUAAAUGCCGUCGCAUCUAAAGACGGCGACAUAUACAUCAUGGGUGGUUUAAUAAACGGGUCCAUGGUACGCGGUGACUUGUGGCUGGUAGAAGCUGGCGGUGGAAAUCUGUCUUGCUACCCCAUUGCUACGGUCUCUGAAGGCCCUGGACCAAGAGUCGGUCACGCCAGUCUUCUGGUUGGCAAUGCCUUCAUUGUCUUCGGUGGUGACACCAAAAUGGACGAUUCUGAUGUUCUUGAUGACACUUUGUACCUGCUUAAUACCUCUUCACGCCAGUGGUCAAGGGCCGCUCCUCCAGGACCGCGACCUUCAGGCCGCUAUGGCCACACCUUGAACAUCCUGGGCUCCAAAAUCUAUAUCUUCGGCGGUCAGGUUGAAGGUUAUUUCUUUAAUGACCUCGUCGCAUUUGAUCUUAAUGCUCUACAAAAUCCGACAAACCAAUGGGAAUUUCUAAUACAAAACACUGGUGAUGGUGUUGGCCAAACGGGGAAGGUGCCGCCUCCGCGGACCAACCAUACUGUCAUCAGCUACAACGACCAGCUGUACCUGUUUGGCGGGACAAAUGGUACGCAAUGGUUUAACGAUGUAUGGACGUACAGUCCUGUCAAGAACAGCUGGACACAGCAAGACUGUAUAGGAUACAUCCCAGCGCCCCGUGAAGGCCACUCGGCUGCAUUGGUCAACGAUGUUAUGUAUAUUUUCGGCGGCCGAACCGAGGAGGGAACAGACUUGGGUGAUUUGGCCGCGUUCCGUAUUACUUCAAAGAGGUGGUACACGUUCCAGAACAUGGGGCCUUCGCCAUCGCCGCGGUCGGGCCACAGUAUGACCGCGUAUCGAGACAAGAUCAUCGUUCUGGCCGGCGAGCCCUCAUCAGCACCGCGGGAUGCUAACGAACUGAGCAUGGUAUAUGUCCUGGACACCGCCAAGAUACGGUAUCCCAAUGACGCCCCAGCUCUUGGUCAGGCUGGCGACGCGAAGCACCCUAGCAGUCCGACCAGGAGGCCGAGCACAGAUGUGAGAACAGCUGCUCCGCCAAUCCGAUCCACGUCGAGAGAGGGCCAAAGGAGUCAGGCCGGGCAUCGCGAACCAUUCGCUGGUGGACCCGUCCAACGGCCAGAUGGAGCUCAUCAAAAUUCACAAGCCUCAAGACUACCGCGAGCGUCUAUGGCGCAAGGCCCCACCGGACCAGGACCCCAAGGUCAACCAGGCACACCUCGUAUGAAUGGAGUGCAGUCUCCCGCUAACGGUGGGCCAAGAAGCCGGUACAAUGGGCCACCUAUUGACACCCGAGCCCCUUCUACCGGACCAGAUUCAAUCCGGUCCGUGCCUACAGAUACCUUGGUGCAAGCUCCAGUCAUCAAAGAAAUGCAGAGAGACAGCAAUAGACCGAGCAGAGAAGGCAGCCCGGUUGCUCAUGGCCGUAGAACGCCAACCCAACGGACAGAAACCAAGGCAAAGGCGAUGGAGGCAGGUGAGGCGGCUCCAUUAGUCCACAAUGGGGUUGCCAGGCAACGAUCCCUACGCUCACAGCGAGCUCAAAGCUCUAUUGACAGCACAGAGGAAGGGCUGCUCGGUCGUUCGUCUUCUGGGCGACAUCAUGGGGAUUCCCAUGCUGAUGUCAGAAGUUCACGGAGCAUGCCCGAUGAGCCGAGAUCGCCCAAAAUGAACCCUCAUCAGGAGGCGCUUCUCAAAGAAUUGGAGACAGUGAAGAAGACGAACGCUUGGUACGCUUCUGAAUUAGCAUUGGCUCGCAAGCAAGGUUACCACCCGGCCACGUCGCCCAGCCCGACUAUUGACGAGCGGGCUGUGACUCAGGUGGCGGAGGAUGACCGACCGCUUAUGGAAGCAUUCGUGAACAUGAGGACGGAAAUGGUCAAAAUGCAGGAAGCCAUGGAAGCACAAGCCUCGUCAAUGGCCAAACGGGUAGCCGAGGUCGAACAUCAACGAGACGCGGCGGUUACCGAAGCGGCAUAUGCAAGGGCCAAACUUGCUGCUCAUGGUGGCAGUCAGCGAAGCACGCCUCAGCCAGACGCAUCCCGGGAGUCUGACGAACAGGAACGGUUCACUGAUCUUACGCGCCGGCUUGCAUUGGCUCUUGCUGCACAGUCGGAGCAUAAGACUAAACUUGACUCCCUGCACAAUGAACUUGCGGCGGAGAAAAAGGCCCGGGAGUUGGCCGAAGACUCUCUGGACGCCUUACAACGUCGAUACGAAGAGCUGAGCAACGGGCGAAAUCCCGGCGAGCUGGAAGCGUUGCGGGCAGAACUGCAUGAAGCUCAAAGCUUAGCGCGAGCUGAAGCUGGCCGGAGGGCUGAGGUCGAAGAAGAACUACGUCUCCUCCGAGUUGAACACGAUGGCUUGCGGGAGGCUCAUGAGCGCGCGUCCUCGCGGUUGACGGACCAUACCGUCUCUAUGGCUGCAUUGGAGGCUGCAGUGGCAGCCUCUACCGGCAAAGCCAGUCUCUACGAGCGACAAAUUGAUGAGGAGCGUCAGCAAAGAGAAGCCGCCGAACAGAAACUUUCACAGCUCAGGGCUGAGCAUGAAGACAGGACUAGAGAGCUAGAGUCCACUCUGAAACGCCUACGAGAUGCCGAGGAACUUGCCGAGACUAAUGCGAAGGAAGCCUCCACGCAUCGUGAGGCUUUGCUCGCCGGACUUGCCAAGCUGUCAAGUCCUGAAGCAAAUUCGAAGCGUGACUCUCUCACGGAACAAAAGAUGUCGGCUCUACGAGAAUCUGCGGAACAAGCGGCAAACCUGGCCAAACGGAAUCAGGAAGCGGCGGAAAAAGCCGCGCAGAAAUUACGGACUGCUGAGGAACGAAUCGCCGGUUUGGAAGCCUAUCAGGAACAAUCAAGCCGAGAAGCUCUGCAAAUCCGACGCCAGCUUCAGGGCGCAUUGCGAGACGCCCAGAAUUACCAGGCCGAGAUUCGAGAGCUCCGAGCCAACCUUGAGGUCAGUCAGCGCGACGCUAGCGCACUGGCAGUUCAACAUAGUGCUCUCAAGGAUCUACUAUCAGAACGUGGCAUGAAUUCUUCUGAUCUGAGGAGGUCUCCAAACUGGGACCAUUCUCCAACCUCUCGACUCGGCACACCUGAGCAAAAUCGGCUGCGAGAGCUCGAUCAGCAACUCCAAGCAAGCAUCAAGGCGCACGAGGAGACCAAGAAUCAAUUCGAAGCUCGUCUGCAGGAGGCGGACAGCGCCUAUAAGGAAAAGCUUGAACAGCUCGAGAAUGACUAUCAGUCUGCUGUCCACUACGUGAAGGGAACGGAGAAGAUGCUCAAGAAGAUGAAGGAAGAACUCACCAAGUACAAGGCUCAGAAUUCUCAGCUUGCAAAUGAGUUGGAAACGGCUCGGACCACCAACAACGCUUCCACAACGGCGGUCGACACUUCGGCUUGGGACAAUGAACGCAAACAGUUGCAAGAGUCAAUUGAGGAAUUGAGGACACAGAGUUCCAAACAAAUCACCCUACUGAAAUCCAACAUUGCGUCCCUGAGAUCCGACAUUGCCGCCCUGGAGUCUGAACGAGCUCAACAAAAACAAAAUCAUGAAGAGUUGACACGAUCAACGGAGCAAGUGGGCCGAGAACUCGAACAACUCAAGUCCGAAAACUCUAUGCUAGAGAAGCGUGCCCAAGAAGCCGAGGCAAGGGUGACUAUCCUGCUCGAUCAAGUCGGGCAAUCGGUUGGGAACUAUCGCCGGCAGUCUCAGUUGCAGCCCCUCUCUCAUGGUGCGGUCAAUGGCAUACAUCAUAACCGAGGAGAGAGUGUUUCAACGCUUACGGAUGUCUCGGUGAACGACGAUGUUCUCGGUCAUCGAGAUGAACGUGGCUCUGUGGCUCUUGACAAUCUGGCUUCAGAGCUAGAAACACUAAGAUCACAAUGGGAAAGCACGAGCAGGAACAACUAUCGAAUCAGUACACAAUUUGACUCGGAGAAGACGCCGACCACAGAAACCCAUGGCAGCGAGCUCAGUGAUAAUCUGGCGCAUUGGAGAAGGCGACUGGCAGAAGAAGAAAAGAGUUCUCGGGAAACAGCAGUGGCUUGAAUGCGUUUUGCCAGUUUUAUUUUCCGACGGCUUAUGGCUUGUGAGUUGAUGACUGGUUUUAUGGCUGACCAGAUCCGCCUGAAGAAGAGGGUGAAUGGUUAUUUUUGAUUGCGAUGAUCGCGUGAUUGUUGUUGAACAGACUCAUACUUUCUUGUGGUUUGUACUGCACUUGGUGGCGUUUUCUUGACCGAGCAUGACUUUUCUAUUUUCCUCUUUCUGGGAGGGAGAGGCCCUGGAUGGCCAUUUGGUGUAUCGAGUGAACGAGACAAAUGACGAGAUCAGCCGAACUUGGGUGUAUUAUCUGUGCCCUCGGCUAGCGCGAUUCUCAGGAGACCCUUUUACAAUAUCGAGUCUAAAGUUAAAGCCAACCCAACGUGGCGAAGAUAUCUUUCUCUUUUUCUUGCCUACCACUCGC